AUGUCUAUAGAACCUAUGUUUUGUGCAGCCCUGCAGACCAAUAUAUCACCACUGCUCACUAUAGACAGAGAAGGAAUCACAGACACUCAAACCGCUCUAAUUGAUUCUGGUUCUUCUGCUAACUUCAUUGAUCCCCAAUUUGCCCGUUCCCACAACAUUCCACUCAUUGAAUUGGACUCCCCAUGCUCUGUCAUUGGCAUUAAUGGCAAACAAGUCCGUGACCCUAUCCGCUUCAAGGCCCAGUUAGUCUUUAGCUCUCAAAACAGGCAAUUUUCCGCCAUCUUCUAUGUUCUUCCUCUUGGAAACAGAAACCUUCUCCUUGGAACCCCAUGGCUCAAAUUGGCUAAUCCAGACAUUGAUUGGACCACCAUGAAAGUUUCACUCUGCCUAGCUACAGAAGCUCAAGCUGGUAGCAUCAACCCUGAGCCUCAGAAUCUCCCUGUUGAACUCCAGGAGUUCCAAAAAGUGUUCAGUGAAGAGAUCUUUACCACACUGCCAGAACAUUGCCCAUAUGACAGUGCUAUUGACCUGGAAGAAGACAAACAGCCUCCCUAUGGCCCUAUCUAUUCUAUGACCCCUGCAGAAAGAGAAGCACUUGAGGAACACAUUGACUCAGAACUGGCAGCUGGAAAGAUUGUGCCAACCACCUCACCAGCAGAAGCUCCUGUGAUGUCUGUGAAAAGGGCUGAUGGCAGGCUUUGCUUAGUGGUGGACUAUUGCCAGCUUAAUGCCAUCACAAUCAAGGACAGAUAUGCACUACCCAGACAGGACAAGCUAAUUGAGAAACUAUGCCAUGCUAAGAUCUUCACAAGCUGGAUUUGA